UUGAGGGCUCAUUAUAAUGUAGUCGCUUCGAUCCAGGCAUUAGGCACGAGGCAGUUCAGACUUCAUGUACAUGUAUUUGUGAUCGUCAAAUUGAGCACGUUAACAGUAUAACCCUAUUGUGUAUUAAGCCUGUCAGCUGUUAACUAUUGAGACUGAAUUCAAGAUGAGCCAGAAAGAUGUUGCAAAGGAAACCUUCACGCUCUAUAAUCCUCUCCCGCGUAAACUGCAGAAGGACAAAACACUCCUUCAGGUGCCCAAAGAUCCCAAGGAGUUUGUGACUAGUUUCUUGAGAGCAGUUACUCCCAGGAGACGAGAUGAGCAGCUGGAAAAGUUAUCUUCUCGGAAAGAAAUGGUGAUGGAUGCAAUUAAGUCAAGGAGGAAGUCAGAACGAAGACGAGGAAGAAAGAAGAAAGCCUUGAGUAGUAUACAGAAGAAACAGCUGAACAUGAAAGAUAUUCCUCCAGAGCUACAAAAAUAUGAGAUGUAUGAGCCCUUACAUCAGCUAUGGUUGGAUUACAUGAGGGACAGUCUACAACUCAAACAUCCAACAGUCACUGCUGAACAUCUGCAUAUUAAGUUAUUACGAUGUGAUCUACAUGGAAGUAUCAUGACAGUAACCAAGUCCAAGUGUCCAUCAUAUAUUGGCCAAUCUGGCAUUGUUGUACAGGAAUCCAGAAAUGCAUUCAAGAUGAUAACCAAAGCGAAUUCUCUUAAAACUAUACCAAAAGCAAGUACAAUCUUUACGAUGACAAUUGACAAUCUGGUCAUCAACAUCUAUGGCAAUCAUCUCAGGUACAGAGCAGGAGAUAGAGCCAACAGGAAAUUCAAGAUCAAACCAACCAUAGAUUUAUAGAGAAAUGGGUAAAUAAUGUGGACAAUGAAUGGAAACUUCUUAUUGUGCUAGUAUACAAGGGACUGAUCUGAGAAGUGUGUAUAAGCAAGCUUCCAAUAUAGUCUGCUCAAAAAACAGUCGUCUCUACACUGCACAUUGAUUGAGAAACUAGAGCAUUGAGGUUUGGGCAUAACAUAUUUUGUCUCUGAGUAAAUAUUUAACUAUAUCAAUAAAAAUGUUAAGCAAUGCUAUAAAACUAUUUCCAAGGAUGGAUUUGUACCGGGGAGAUGUUAAUUAA